AUGGCGUCUACGCACGCAGCCGGAUCGCCUGCUCCGUCUUCCAACAUCAAUUCGCCCGUCCUGAACCCUACACUUACCGGUCUUCCGAAUGGGCCUCUAUUAGACGGAAAUGUACGAUCUUCCCCAGCGCCGUCGACCACCGCGUCGGGUCAAGCGGACGGUGCAAGGUCGAAGCGUAACAAACGCGAUAGUCGAAAGAAAAGGGAGGCAAAGGGAUUAGACCAGGAGGGUCCACCACCUAAGAAAAAAGCAGUUACUGUGCAUAACACCGCGAUUCCGAGCUCAGAUCUUACCAUUCUAAGGCCAAUAGCAGUUGGGGAACCAAAGUCGUCCGAUCUACUACCACCGCAAUCUCGCCAAUUGAAUUUCGCAGUUCGAAAAAUGUCUGGUGUUCUGGGGCGGAGUUGGGAUUUCUACGAAGUGGUUGACAAGCUCACAAAUAAAAACGGUUUUCGCUAUACCUAUGCCAUUGCUGACACUGGGUUUCCGCAUAUUAAGUACCGGCAGACAGAUGUUCCUCCAUACCACGCUCGAUUUAGCUUUGAAGACUCCCCCGCUGCGAUUCUAUUUUCCAAGGACGCUCUCGCGGUGACUACGAGUGAUCCAUGGCACACAGCGCGUGCCAACGUAUGUGCGCGCGAAGGGACUUAUUAUUAUGAAGCUCGGAUCAUAAGUGGUGUGAUGAAUGAACCAGGUGCAGCAGUACCUUUGAAUGGAAACACGAAGCCUAGUCUGCCAGCAAGAGGCCACAUACGUCUCGGGUUCGCGCGGCGAGAGGCAGAUCUCGAUGUCAACGUUGGUGUUGAUUGUUAUGGGUAUGGCAUCCGCGACGUGAACGGCGAAGUUGUCAACCGAAUGCGAUGCGAAUACUUCUUUCCAAAGGGCGAAUCAAUCCGCGAAGGCGACGUUAUCGGCAUGCUCAUAACCCUCCCGCCUCUCUCACUUCAGAAGAAGAUUGUGGAAGGAACAUACGAUCCAGCAUCGGACGCGAAACACGAGCCUCCUUUAGCGCCAAACCUCAUCCGUGAUCGCAUCCCCUUCCACUACAAGAAUGACUUUUGCUGGCAACAAUCCAACGUCUUCCCCACCAAACAGUUGCGCGACUACGCCUUCAACCUCAAAGAAACCCCAACAUUCGGUCCGCCAUCACCACUAAAUGUGGAGGAUGCAUCUCUACGCACAUUACCCGACUCGAGCAUCACAAUAUACAAAAACGGUGUGAAAAUGGGAACCCCAUUCAAGGAACUAUACGCCUUUUUACCGCCAGCGUCUAGACUCGCUAACGGCACCAACAAUCUCGGCCUCGGCGAGCGAGAAAACGCCGACGAUGGCAUGAUUGGCUACUAUCCAGCUGUCAGCUGCUACGGCGGCGGUGCCGUCGAAUGCCGCUUCCAGAGCCCGUGGUGGUACGGUCCUCCGUCACACACGGAAACUGGCGAACCCAUCCGGGGUAUAGGCGAGCGCUUCAAUGAACAAAUCGUCGAAGACGUCAUUGCAGAUAUCAUCGACGAGGUCGAGGCUAUGCUCGUUUGGGGCGAUGCUGAUGACGGCGGCGACGUCGUCAACAAUGCCGAGAUGGAUGGCUCUGGUAGCGGUGCCGUAGGCGGCACGGAUGUCCUCAAAAACGGCGUCGGUGCGGCCUACGACUCUGCGCUGGCUACAGCAUCUGUUCCUGUGGGUGGUACCGCCAUCAAGCUUGCGGAUCAGGAUACGACCAGGGCCGCCGCGGGCUUUGAGGAUGCGAUGAACAUCGGUGCUGCGAGUACGCCGAUUGCGGCUCCCGACGUUCCGGAGCCAGAGGAUACUCCGAUGAACGGAGUUUGA